ACUGUCAAAAACCGUGCGUUUGCGUUUUUGACAACAUUACAACCAAACAAAUUUUCUUCCAAUAUCCUGAUCCUGAAUUUAAAACGAAAUUAGUAAAUAAUGGCUCGAGGAAGUAGUGCUGGUUUCGAUCGUCACAUUACAAUUUUUUCUCCGGAAGGCCGUUUGUAUCAAGUGGAAUAUGCUUUCAAAGCAAUUAAUCAAGCCGGUCUAACCUCAGUUGCUAUCAAAGGAGUCGAUACAGCCGUUUGUGUAACGCAAAGAAAAAUUCCGGAUAAACUGAUUGAUGGAGACACAAUUACUCACUUGUUUCAGCUUACCGAUUCAAGUGGCUGCGUAAUGACUGGUAUGGUAGCCGAUAGCAAGUCUCAGGUACAAAGAGCACGUUACGAGGCAGCACAAUUUAAGUAUAAAUUUGGUUACGAAAUGCCGAUAGAUACACUAUGCAGACGUAUCGCCGAUAUAUCGCAAGUGUAUACACAAAAUGCGGAAAUGAGACCAUUAGGUUGUUCAAUGAUUUUAAUUGGAUAUGAUAGCGAGUUUGGUCCCUGUGUUUACAAAACGGAUCCUGCCGGUUACUAUUGCGGUUAUCGUGGAGUGAGUGUAGGUGCUAAACACACCGAAGCCAACAGUUACUUAGAGAAAAAGUUGAAAAAGAAACAGGAUCUUCAACAUGACGAUGUUAUUCAACUGGCAAUUAGUUGUUUGUCCAGUGUUCUAUCUGUCGAUUUUAAGCCUAGUGAAAUUGAGGUUGGAGUUGUAUCUGUCAAGGAGCCAAAGUUUAGAAAAUUAACUGAAGCCGAAUUAGACAUUCAUUUAACUGCAAUUGCAGAGAAGGACUAAUCCUCUUUGUUUUUCUGCAAUUUAUGUCAUGUUGUUUAUUAUCUGAAAUAUUUUUUAAUAAAUAAUUGCCGCCUUUA